AUGGAAAGGAAUCUUAACAAUGAAUUAUUUGCUUUUUCAGACUACGCUUUGGAGUUCAAACUUUGUUUUAAUCCUGCCAAAUCCAUCGUUACUUUCUUUACCACCAACAAAAGAUUGUACAACUAUCAGCCAAAUAUAAAGAUGGAUAACAAGAAUCUUGCUUACGAAAAGCAUCCAACUUAUCUCGGAUACGUCUCAGACCCAGAAUGGACAAGCAACAAACAUAUCGAACAUAUUGUCUCAAAAUGCAGAAAACGAUUAAACUUGCUUAAAUAUAUUGCGGGCAAAGAUUGGGGAGCAGAUGCUGUCACGUUAAGAGAUACCUAUUUGUCUCUCAUUAGACCCAUCCUGGAAUAUGGCUUUCCUGUGUACUCCUGUGCAUCUGCCACUAACCUGGAUAAAUUGGAAAGGGUCCAACUAAGUGCUGCAAGAAUAAUUACUGGACUCAAACGUAGUUGCCCUAAGGAAAUAGUCCUCUUUGAGGCUGAUCUUCAACCCCUCCAAACUAGAAGAAAGGCAAAUCUCACCAAUUACUUCAAACUUUCUAGAUAUGGUCAGCACAAUAGAAUCUCUCUUUACCUUAACAACUGGCGCAACAAUCAGCGACUGAAGAAAAACAGUCCAUUCAGUCAUGUUGAACUUCUGCAUUUGCCUUCUGAAGACGUUGAGCCCCACUCCUUAAAAUCUUAUCUGAAUCCUUCAGAGGGAAUUCCCCGAGUCCAUUUCCACUUCGACUUUUCUGCUCCGGUCACAAAGAAAGAUCUUAUCCCAGCUGAACUUAGGCAGCUAGCUUUGGAAAUUUUAGGCGAGAUUCCCAGUGACGCCGUAAAAAUUUACACAGAUGGUAGUGGACUCGGAAACCUAGCUGGUAGCGGCGUCUUCAUUGAAAUAUCUGAGCAAAAUUACUCCAUCUGUCUCCGUAUGCCUGAUUUCACUUCAGUCUUUCGAAGUGAAUUAACCGCAAUUGAACAGGGCAUCGAUGCUAUAAUCAACGAGAGUGACUUUGGAGAUUUUUGGAUCCUGUCGGAUAGUUGCAGCUCCCUUCAACACCUACACAACUGGACUAAAGUUGGAGACAAAACAAGCAUCUCCAUCCUUCUUAAACUUCAACUUAUUUCAAAGCACCACGACGUUCAUCUUCAGUGGAUACCAUCCCACGUUGACAUCUUUGGAAAUGAGCAAGCGGAUCGCUUGGCCAAGGAGGGCUGUAGUCAUUUAACAUCUUCGUCCUCAGCCCUUACCUUUUCUGAGUAUCAGUCCAAAAUCAAAAGCCAUCUAUCAAAAAAGUGGAGGAUCCCCCCCUCUCAUCAUUGGUAUGCGGCCAAGGAACCGGGCUCUUCACUUGUUCAUACAGGGGAAAGAGCAUCUCAAACAGCUAUUUCCAGACUGACAAGCGGACACACGAACAGUCUCUCGUACUUUAAAGGAAGAAAGACUUAUGCAGUCUGCUCUAAAUGUGAAGCCCAGCAGGCCUCAGCAGAACAUUACCUCGACUGCUUGGGCCUUUCCAAGGAGGACUUAUAUGCUUCUCCACUUCUUGUAAUCGACUUUUUGAGGGUCAACAACAAACUACUGGAUCUUGUCUGA